AUGGCGACUCCGCCUCCAGAGGCUCCUGCGGCCCUGAAGCAGGAGAAGCCCCAGCUUCCGCCUUCUCCAACUGGGGGUUCUGGGUCUGAGCUUGCCCCCAGCAGUGCCCUGACUAGUACCAGUCCUAAGUUGAAACCAGAAGACCCCGCCGAGAUGGAUACUUCUACCCUUACAACCAAUGGUGACAAGUCUCACACCCCGCACCCACUAAUGCCUGCCACAGGCGAUGUUCCAGCAUCCAUCGCUUCUACCAGCAUUCCUCCCUCCGCAAACCAAGAAUCAAAGCUUCCGUCAGAGCCCGCUGCCUCAGUCGCGGCCCACACCCUUCCACUUUCUACAGCCUCCGUCGCUACAAACGGUUCUGCUGAGGGAACAGAGGCCAAGUCACCUCGAUCCUCUGGCAAUCUUCCCACCGGCAGUCAGGACUCAAAGGACGGAAUCGCUUUGCACCCCACAGGCGCCAAAUCUCCCCUCGUGAAAACGGAGCUUCCUCACCACCCCUCUGCCGAUUCUGUUGCCACUGGCAUGAUUCCUGCUCACACCGAUCACGAGAUGAAGGAUGCGCCCACUCCCACCAUGUCUUCUUCAAAGAUUUCUCGUGAGCGUGAGGUCGAUCCAGUGGAGGAACCUGCAGCCAAGCGAACGAAGGUCGAAAAUGGGAAUAGCACGUCCACAAACAUCAAGACAGAGGCGGAUUCGACCAUGACCAAGCUGCAACACAAGUUCAUCACCCGGCAAAUUGCUGCCCUCAAGCGUGCCCACGACUCACGUUUCUACCGGGUUCCGGUCGACCCUGUCACUCUGAACAUCCCGAAUUAUCCUAUGAUCAUCGAUCGUCCCAUGGAUCUUGGCACCAUCGAAAGAAAGCUAAAGAAUCAGGAAUACUCUACAGCCCAAGAAGUGCGGGAUGACUUUUCUCUCAUGGUUGAAAACGCAGUCAGGUUCAAUGGCCCUGAUCACUUGGUGGCCCAAGAGGGCGUGAAAUUGCGGACUGCUUUCGAGAGGCUGAUGAUUCACUUACCUCGUCCUGAUGAGGUCGAGGAAAAGAAGAAGGCCAAGAAAUCUGGGGAUAAGGCUUCCGCGGCACGCCGCGAUCGUACCUCCAUGGGAAGUCAAGCCGCAGCUCCUGCUCCACGCGCUCCAGUUCCACCGCCCGCCGCCCCCAAGGCGCCUUCUCCUCAGAGUUCGACCUUUGCCUUGGGACCCGAGGGUCUACCCGUGAUCCGGCGUGAUUCGGCUAAUGCGGAUGGGCGUCCCAAGCGUUCCAUCCACCCACCCAAGCGGGAUCUUCCGUACUCCACGAAGCCGAAAAAGAAGAAGUACCAGUGGGAAUUGCGAUUCUGCCAGGAGGCUCUCGAGGAGCUUUACAAGCCCAAGUACCAGGACAUUGCCCUGGCAUUCUACUUACCCGUCGACCCUGUGGCCUUGAACAUUCCCACCUACCACAGUGUCAUCAAGCACCCCAUGGACUUGUCGACUAUCAAGGCCAAGCUCGCGACCGGACAGUAUGAGAAUGCCAAGGAGUUUCACUCGGACGUCAAGUUGAUGUUCAGAAACUGCUACCGUUUCAAUUUGCAAGGGGACCCAACCUGGGUUGCUGGCAAGAGCCUUGAAGAAGUCUUUGACAAGAAAUGGAGCACAAAGCAGGAAUAUCUGACGAAGCAUGAGCCUCCUCCUGAGCAGAACAAUUCUGAGUCCUCCGAGGAAGAGAGUGAGGAGGAGGCUGAAGAGAGCGAUGAGGACAACGAGAAGCUUCUCGCUCUGCAGCGCCAGAUCGCCGAAAUGUCACGCCAGGUUGAAAUGAUCCAGAAGAAGAAGAAGACUCCUCCUGCGAAGAAGGUCAGCAAGUCCGGCAAAACCACCGUGAAGAAAGAGGCCAAGAAGCCCAGCGGCAAGAAGGAUAAGAAGCCCAAGACCCUGUCCAAGCCGGAGAAGACUCGCAACAUCUCCUAUCAUGAGAAGCAGAUCAUUUCCAAUGGCAUCAGUAGCCUACCCGACAAGAAGAUGCAGGAAGCGUUGAGCAUCAUUCAGCAGAACGUUCCUGCUCUGAAGGGUACUCAAGAGGCCGAGAUUGAGCUUGACAUUGACGAGCUUCCCAACGAUGUCUUGCUCAUGCUCCUCAAGUUCGUCAAAAAGAAUGUGCCCCACAUUCUAGAUGAUGAGGAGCCUGCGCCGGUUGGCCUGAAUGUGGCCCCCGCCGCUCCUAAGCCCAAGAAGAACAAGCCGAUGAGCAAGUAUGAGCAAGAAGCUCAGAUCAACAUGCUCGAGAGCAACUUGUCUCGUUUCCAGGGCGGCAGCGGCUCUCCAAACCCUAUGCCUUCUGUUGAGGCCAAUGAGUCCAGCGAUGAUGAGUCGGAUGAUGACUCGGAGGAGAGCGAGGAAGAGUAG